AUGGCCACAGAGCCCAGCCCAGCCCAGGCCUCUGGACCCCCAAAGGACCCUAUGGGGGUUGUGCCCGCUGGGACUGGCUCUGAGGGUCCCCCCUUGGCCAGGACAAGGAGCAGGAGGAAGAGAGGGCUCCGACGGUCCCAGAAGGGCAGUUCUGGGGAGCAGAACCCUGCCCAGGGCUCUGAGACCCCAGGGAACAGCAAAACCCCCUCAAAAACCAGAGAGGGUCACGGGCCACCCCCAGUAUGUCCUGGACCGACUUCUCGUCGCCAGUCCCAUCGGCCUCGUCCUGACCCCCAACAGGAUGCGGCUCAGCAGACAUACGGGCCUCUGCUCAACCGAAUCUUCGGGAAGGACCGGGAGCUGGGCCCGGAGGAGCUGGAUGAGCUUCAGGCUGCCUUUGAGGAGUUUGACACCGACCAAGAUGGCUGCAUCAGCUACCGGGAGCUGGGCGACUGCAUGCGCACGCUGGGCUACAUGCCCACCGAGAUGGAGCUCCUGGAGGUCUCGCAGCACGUGAAGAUGCGCAUGGGUGGCUUUGUGGACUUUGAGGAGUUCGUGGAGCUGAUAGGCCCAAAGCUGCGGGAGGAGACUGCACACAUGUUGGGGGUGCGAGAGCUGCGCAUCGCCUUCCGAGAGUUCGACAGGGACAGGGAUGGACGCAUCACGGUGGCCGAGCUGCGGGAGGCGGCACCGGCUCUGCUCGGGGAGCCGCUGGCGGGGACGGAGCUGGACGAGAUGCUCCGAGACAUGGACCUCAACGGGGAUGGCACCAUCGACUUCGACGAGUUUGUGAUGAUGCUGUCUGCUCGCUGAUCGCCCGGC